AUGCCGUCUGUGCUGGGCACGGUGGCGGGGUGCGCGGCGUCGUGCCAGGGCGACACGCGGGCCCCGCCGCCGGCGCGAGGUCAAGACGCGCGCGGACCCCGCGGGAGACCAAACCGCGCACCCCGCGCCCAGCCCGCACCCCCCGCACGCGGAGCGGAUUGCACGCGGAGCGUCUCCACCUCCUCGCAGCUCAAAUUGACAAUGCCCAGGUACCAAGAGAAGACUCCACGCUGGGGGAAGCCCUUGCUGCUGUGGCUGCUCGUGGUGCUGGGCCUCGUGGUGCCAUGCCUCCCUCGGGGAGACAUCGACGUGCUGUCACUCAACGAGGUGAACCCACAGUGCUGGGAGCUGUCCACGAUCGCAGUCAUCAAGAUGCAAAAGCCCCGCAUGACGCACACAGUCGGCGAAUUCUGGAAUUUCAUGCUCGACCUGAAGAACUCUGACAACCCGUACCAUGCCAAGAACUUCUGGGACCUGGCGCAGCUGUUCUGGGACAAGUAUGUGCAGUGCGUCAUCUCCAUAUCGCACGGCCUGGGACGAAGGGAAACCGCGACUGCUGCGUACUCUGCCGCGCACAGCCCACGCAGGGCUCCAGAUUUCGCAUCAGUACCUCACAGGCAAGCAGGAUUGUUAAUGAAGAUGUCAUUCCCGACUUACUUGGAAAGAAUUAUCAAAAAGUUCCAGCAAUUUUGAUUUCGUAAAUAAAUCCACGUGCGCGUAGAUCGAACACGGCUUCUGCUCUUUUAUUCGGUGCAUUAACGUACGUGUUUAGAAUUGUUGACAAUUUUACGUUUUGCUAUGAAUAUUAUUAUUACUUUACGAUGAACGCCCUAAACUGCGCUGAGCUCGACUUUGUGAAGGCGCCGUCUGAGAGCGGCA